AUGGACCUCAAUGUCUUCGAGCUGGCGAUGUUCGCAAACCUAAAGAAGUACACCUUCAACUAUAGGUUUGUCGCCAAUGCCCUGAAAGUUGAGGGCGUUAAGACCCUGGGAUGGACGCCUGUGGCUGGCAGCAAGCUGGCACUCGAGUUGCUGGCGGGCACACUUAAGCAGGAGAUCGAUGGGUGCACGGUCGAACCAUUUAUGCUGCUGCGGCUGGACUCCUCCGGCUACCAACGCUGCCCCUUCACCCAACUCAUGGCAGCUCCCUCCCAAGACUACCUGUUCGUGUUGCUGGACACCAUCAACAACCCGGACGGGCACGGCAUCUUCGCCCACAACUACCUGGCCUUCAUCCUGUCACUGGACCUGCCCAAGGACCAGCUCAAGAGAGUGCCUAUCCUGAUGUUCAAGGAGUUUGUGAUACGGGGGUUGGAACGGCCUUUGGAGUGGAAUCGGUCGAUGCUGUGGGAGCUGGAUCUCAAGCCGAUGAUGGACGAAAAGACUCUGGCGGGGGAGGCGAUCGACCUGAACAUCAAGCUGAUGAAGUGGCGGCUGCUGCCAGAGCUGGACAUCCCGACGAUCAGCGGCACUCGAUGCCUGCUGUUCGGCUCGGGCACGCUGGGCUGCCAGCUCGCACGGUGCCUGAUCGGCUGGGGCAUCAAAAAGAUCACGUUCGUGGAUAACGGCAAGGUUUCAUACUCCAACCCUGUGCGGCAGUCGCUGUACACAUUCGAGGAUUCCACACUGGGGGGCAAGAACAAGGCGGAGACUGCUGCGGCUGCCCUGAAGACGAUCUUCCCGGGGCUUGACUCUGAGGGGUAUACUAUCAAUGUGCCCAUGCCCGGGCACUUUGUCACCACCGAGGCGGACAUCUCCAGGACGCUGGAAAGCCUGGAGCGCGUAGAGCGAUUGGUUGAGGAGCAUGACGCAGUGUUCCUGCUGAUGGACUCGCGCGAGGCGAGAUGGCUGCCGACCGUGCUGGCCAACAAAUACCAGAAGAUCUGCAUCACAGUGGCGCUGGGGUUCGACUCCUACGUGAUCAUCCGCCACGGGAUUAGUCCCAGGUCAUUCGUCCCUGAAAAGCACCGUGAGAGGCUGGGCUGCUAUUUCUGUAAUGACGUGCUGGCGCCGGUCAACUCCAUGAAGGAUCGGACGCUUGACCAGCAGUGCACUGUUACACGGCCUGGCCUUAGCUUCGUGUCGAGCGGGCUGGCCUGCGAACUGCUGGUUGCCUUGCUGCAUCACCCCCUGCGGGAAGGCUGCCCCGCCAACGAGAAAAAAGAAAAACUCGAAGAAAGCGAGCUCGGCAUACUUCCGCACCAUAUCCGAGGUACCAUGAGCGACUUCGCCACGAACUUGUACUACGGGCGGGCAUUCGACCAGUGCAUCGCCUGCUCAGAGCACGUGCUGGGGCAGUACCUCUCCCGCCGCGAGCAGUUCCUGCUCGAGGUCAUCAACAACCCGAAGUACAUCCACGAGGUGACCAACCUCCGCGAGCUGCUCGAGGCAGCAGACCACCAAUGCAUCGAGCUCGAGGACGACGACGUGCUGUUCGUCAGCUGA